AUGGAGCUGAAUAAGAGUUGGAUUAACAUAUCAAACAGGAUAGAUCAUCGAUACGAACAAGGAAUUCAGGAGUUUAUUCAGUUUGCCUAUAGACAUAAGUCUCCUGGGGCAAGCAUAUAUUGUCCGUGUAUUAAAUGUGUUAACAGAUAUUUUCAUAAACGAGAUGUUGUGGAGGAACAUCUCAUUUUGAAUGGGUUUGACACUAAUUACAUAAUAUGGACGGUUCAUGGAGAGUUAUAUGUGCCUCGUCAUAGUCGAGAAGAAUUUCAAGAUCAGGAAUGUAAUAUUGGAGAUGAUAUGGUGGGAAUGAUACAUGAUGCACAUGGAGUUCCCAUAAACAAUGCUGGAAGUAGUGAAGAAGCUACGAGAUUCUAUGAAUUGUUGGAGAAGGCAGAAACAGAGUUAUGGCCUGGUUGUAAGAACUUCACGACAUUAUCAUUUAUUGUUCGUUUACAACACUUGAAGGUAUUGGGUGGGUUGUCGGAUAAAAUAUUUGAUAUGUUGCUUGAGUUGUUGAAUGAGGCAUUUCCAGAAGGAGUGUCAUUGCCACGAUCGUAUCGGGAGGCUAAGAAAUUGAGUGAGGAUUUAGGUUUUAAGUACUAUAAGUACGAUGCAUGCCCUAACAAUUGUAUGCUCUUUUGGAAAGAUGCAUCAAAGUUGGAUAUAUGUACUUUUUGUGGAGAGUCAAGGUAUAAAGAAUACGAGGUGCACGUGGACGACGAUAUAACGAAGAUGAAAAAAGUCGCUUCUAAACAAGUACGACACUUUCCUUUGAUUUCGAGACUGCAAAGAUUGUUUAUGUCUAACAAAACAGCAUCGUUAAUGAGGUGGCAUGAAGAAGGUAGAACAAAUGAUGGUAUAAUGAGGCACCCUGCUGAUUCAUUAGCUUGGCAAUCUUUUGAUGAACAACAUCCAAAAUUCGCUGAAGAUAGUCGCAAUGUUAGACUUGGGUUGGCUUCUGAUGGGUUUAAUCCGUUUCGAACAAUGACCAUUAGCUAUAGCAUUUGGCCAGUUGUGUUAAUGCCAUAUAAUCUACCGCCUUGGUUAUGUAUGAAACAACCUUACAUCAUCUUGUCUUUAUUGAUUGAUGGACCUCGUGCACCAGGAGACAAUAUUGAUGUGUUUCUGCAACCGUUGAUUCAAGAGUUACAAGAAUUAUGGAACGAAGGGAUAGAAACUUAUGAUGCUUCAAGAAAAGAAAUGUUUCACAUGCAUGCAACAUUGUUGUGGACGAUUAAUGAUUUUCCUGCGUAUGCUAAUUUAUCUGGAUGGAGUACUCGAGGAAGAGUUGCUUGUCCUUGUUGCAUGAAAGAGACAGAGUCCAAAUGGUUAAAACAUGGUGGUAAGUUUUGUUAUAUGGGUCACCGUAGAUUCUUGGAGGACAUGAGUCAUCAUUUUCGGUUAGACAAGAAGAAUUUUGAUGAGACUAUUGAAAACCGUGUUGCUCCUCCUCAGUUAUCUGGCUACGAUGUAUUCAAAGAUGUUGAAUUUGUUAAGAAGAUGUAUGGAAACCGUGAGAAUUCUGGCGCUAGUGUUGGGAGAGGAAUGGGUGGUUGGAAAAAACAUAGUAUAUUCUUUGAGCUUCCAUAUUGGCAAGACAAUUUGAUCCGACAUAAUCUCGACGUCAUGCACAUUGAGAAAAAUGUUUGUGACAACAUAAUUUGGACGUUAUUAAAUGUUUCAGGUAAAUCAAAGGACAACUUGAAAGCACGUCUUGAUUUGAAAGAACUAGGGAUAAGAAAAAAGUUGCAUCCUGAAGAUCGUUUAAGUGGGAAGAAGUAUUUACCUCCUACAUCUUUCACGUUGAAUCGAGAACAAAAACAUAUAUUUUUGAAAGUAUUGAAAAGUAUAAAAUCACCCGAUGGAUUCUCAUCAAACAUAUCACGUCGUGUCCAACUCAAAGAACACACAAUGAGUGGACUUAAGAGCCAUGACAAUCAUGUUUUGAUGCAACAUUUGCUUCCAUUGGCAAUUAGGAGGGUGUUCAAGAGAAAGUAUGUCAGUAAAACUUUGAUUGAAUUAUGCAAUUACUUUAAACAGUUGUGUUCUAAAAACAUUACAGUUGACGAGUGUAACCAAUUGAGGUCACGCAUUAUAUUGGUGCUUUGUCACCUCGAGAAAAUAUUUCUACCGAGCUUCUUCAAUAUAAUGGAGCAUUUAGUUGUUCACCUGCCUGACGAAGUCCAAAUUGCGGGACCGGUAAUGUUUCGGUGGAUGUAUCCAGUCGAGAGGUUCUUAUUGACAUUGAAAAAGUAUGUAAGGACUAGAAGUCAUCCAGAAGGAUCUAUUGCUGAAGGUUACUUGGCAGAAGAGUGUUUGACUUUUUGUGCAAGGACACACUUACAAUCCAUUAGAUUGGAAAGAAGAUGUGCUAGCAAUCGUGAAAUUACACAAAAACACCAUGAAAACUUCCCAUCAUGGUUUCAAAAACAUGUUUAUGAAUUGCAAGUAAGUGGUCACAAUGUACCCAAUGAAGUGAAAACAUUAGCUGCUGGGCCUCACUCAUGGGCAUGGAAGUAUUCUGGGUACAUCUGUGAUUGGGUUGACAAUAAUAGAGGGAUGAAGGUUGACAGUUUGAAUUUCAUAACUGUAAAUUUUAAUUGUUUAAUGUAUCAAGAGAAUAAACCAACAGACGAACCUUUUAUACUUGCAACUCAAGCAUCACAAGUGUGGUAUGUGGCUGAUCCUCUUGAUGAAGAAUGGUAUGUUGUCAUGAAGAUGACACCUAGAGAUUUGUAUAACAUGGGUAAAAGAAAUGUGGUAGGGAGCUGUGACGAGGAAGAUGCUUUAAUUAGUAAUCAUGUUGAAAUCAACAAUGAUCAGUCCUUACAUGCAGAGUUAGGAGAAUCUGAUGAAGACUACUCUUCUGGAGAAUCUGAUGAGGAUGGUAUGCUAGUCGAUAUAUCAGAUGAUGACGACAAUUCCAUUCCUUAUACUGCACACAGUGAUGAUAAUGAUUUCUAA